AUGAUUACACACGGUGUGAAUGUUAAUACUAAAGACAGAGAAGGUAAAACAUCUCUUCAUUAUACAACCGAAUCAGGGAACAAAGAAAUCAUUUCAUUACUUCUUUCGCAUGGUGCUAAUCCAAGAAUCAAAGAUCAUGACGGGGAUACUGCUCUUGAUUAUGCGAAUGACUGCAAUAACAAAGAUAUAUUAAAACUAUUUAUUCCAUUUCAAAAGAAUUCUAAAUCUAAAAAUAACAAAUGA